AAAACUGUCAUUUAAUGACAAAUCAAUUUAUAUUUUCUGCGAGCGUUUCUGACAAAAUUAAAUCAUAAAAAAUGGAUGCAGUUGAUGAAAAACUUAUAAAAGAAUGUCUCAACGAAGCUAAGCAGUCCACAUCUAAUCAAAACGAUUUAGGUAAUGAAAAAAAAUCCCUACAGGAAAUCCAAGAGAUAUUUGCGAAAACGGAAGCAAUGAAAUCAGUGGCUAAAGAAAAAAAUGAAGAACUAGAGAAUCAAUUCAAGGAUCUCAGAAGAAAAUUGAAUUCAAGCUCUGAAUACCUACAAAGGAUAAAGAAAAAUAUCGAAAACAUCAAGUUUUCUUAUCAAAAGAAUGUAAUUGAAUCACAGAAAAAAUUCGACCCGGCAACUGCGGCUGCAAACAGUAAAUUCGAAUCUAGAGACGACUUAACUCAAUACAUGGAAGAUAUUCGUAGAAAAAUCGACGACUUACACAAUAAAAUGAUGGUUCAAAAAGAAAAACAGCAGAGGGUUACCGAAAGUUAUGAAGAAGCGUUUGACGGGAUCGUUGAAAGUCUACAACAAAUAGAAUCCGGUUCCUACAGCAGUAAUAAUUUGCUGGGUUGAUUAUUUACCUGUAUUCGAACAAAAACUUUCGGUUUGAGGCGGUUUUUGUUCAAAAAAGUACCGUGGGUGCUAUCUAAAUCGUAGAUGUAAAAACCAGUACCGUCUUUUUGUGAAGGUUCUUUUCUGUACUGAAGGAUCGCGUGGUAACUGAAACGCACAAUUAUACACAAUUUUUUAAAUUAAAUACAUUUUUAAAUGAA